AUGAAACGGAAAGAGGUCAUCGAUCUCGAAUCGUAUGAAGAGAGAGCUGUAAAGAAGCCAUUCAUACCGGUAACCAAGUCGCUGGCUCAGCGAGAAGAAGAUAUGCUCUUCCAGAUCUCGGUCACAGUGAACUCCAAAGUCGAUGUAUUCCCCCAAAAGCUGCGUGAGGCCCUCCAGAAGUCCUACCAAACCGCGUGCUACACGCAUAUGUUCGCACUCCAGGCUGGCACGACACCCAAACACCAUCAAAUUUAUAAGAUUGUCAAAGGAGAGCGCACCCGCUCGGAGUCACUUACUUUCACCAACACGAUCGUCCAGCACAACAUCUUCGAUCUGGGAGUGGCCAACAUCAGACUGUUAGAGAUUCUCACUGAUGCUUGA